AUGCUCGACGCACCUUUCGCCAAGUGGAUCGACGAGCACCAGGACGAGCUCAUUGCCCGUCUCAAAGAGGCGGUGGAGAUCCCCUCUGUCAGCGGCGACGCUUCCUACCGCCCUCACGUCGUUCGCAUGGGAGAAUGGCUCAGGGCUGAGCUCGAGAAGCUCGGCGCCGAGAUCCGCUCCGUCCCGCUCGGCAAGCAGGUUCUCGACGGCCAGGAGCUCGAUUUGCCGCCGGCGCUUGUGGGAUCGCUCGGGAAGGAUCCCAAGAAGAAGACGGUGCUCGUCUACGGGCAUUACGAUGUCCAACCAGCGUCUCUUUCCGACGGCUGGAAGCACGAGCCGUUCCAGUUCACGCACGACAAGGAGACGCGGCGUCUCUACGGCCGUGGUUCGACUGACGACAAGGGCCCGAUCAUGGGCUGGAUCAACGCCAUCCAAGCCUUCCAGGAGACGAAGACCGAGAUCCCCGUCAACCUCCGCUUCUGCUUUGAAGGAAUGGAGGAGAGCGGAAGCGAGGGUCUCGAGGAACUCGUCAUCAAGGAGGCCAAAGGCGAGUUUGCGGACGUCGAUGCAGUGUGCAUUUCGGACAACUACUGGUUGGGAACCACCACGCCUUGCCUUACCUACGGGCUGCGCGGCCUCUCGUACUUCUCAGUCUCGAUCUCGGGUCCCGCGGCGGACCUGCACAGCGGCGUUUUCGGCAACGUCGUCCACGAGCCCAUGACCGAUCUCUUCGCCCUCUUCUCCAAGCUCGUCACGCCGCAGGGCAAGAUUCUCGUGCCCGGCAUCAACGAGAAGGUCGCGCCUUUGACGGACGACGAGCGCAAGCUGUACGAGGACAUUGAUGUUACGCUCGGCGACUUUGAGCAAGCGAUCGGUGCCAAGGUGACCAUCAGCGAGGACAAGGCGGAGGUGCUCAUGGGCCGGAUGCGCUAUCCGAGUCUGAGCAUUCACGGCGUCGAGGGCGCCUUUUCUGGUCAGGGAGCGAAGACAGUCAUUCCUGCCGCUAUCAAAGGCAAGUUCUCGAUCCGCCUUGUGCCCGACCUUGACCCGGACGAGGUGAACGAGCUGGUCCAAAAGUACUUGAAGGCCGAGUUCGCCAAACUUGGCUCGAAGAACACCCUCAAAGUCGAGAUGCUGUCGGGAGGAAAGCCUUGGGUCGCUUCGAUCGACCACUGGAACUUCCGCGCGGCCAAGGAUGCCAUUGAGAAGGUGUACGGCAAGACGCCCUCCUACACCCGCGAAGGAGGCUCCAUCCCUAUCACUCUGACGUUCGCCGAAGCGCUCGGAAAGAACGUCAUGCUCCUGCCAAGUGCGUACCGCUACUUUCCCUCGAACCGCGUGGGUCGCGGCGACGACGGUGCUCACUCGACGAACGAGAAGCUCGAUCUCGCGAACUACAUCGAGGGCACGAAGACGCUGGGCCAGUAUUUGCUCAACGUGCCCGCUGCAGCAGCGUCCGCAUGA